GAUCAUCAUCGCUUUGGAUGCAAUCGCUCGUCUCGAAGAGUACAGUUCCGAGCUUGGUGCCACCUUGAUGAUCAGGUUGGGACCGACGUCGCAAUAGUAGAUUGAUACCCCGCCAGACAAUUUUGUCUUCGCAGCAUAGAAGUCAGAUUUGCACAAGUCCUUUCUUUCUCACGAUACCCACGAACAUAGCCGAAGAGUUGCAAAGAUGGCACCCCAGCCUAUCACCUUGAAAGCGCCCAAUGGCAAGGAGUGGGAGCAGCCCACCGGUUUGUUCAUCAACAACGAGUUCGUUGACUCGACUAAGCCUGAGAACACAAUCUCCUCAAUUGACCCUGCAACGGAGAAGGAGAUUGCUGCUGUUCAAGCUGCGACACCAGACGACAUCGACCGUGCUGUGAAUGCUGCAAAGAAGGCGCUGAAGAGCCCAGAAUGGAAGCUGUUGCCCAACACCGACCGCGGGCGACUGAUGGUCAAGCUUGCGGAUUUGAUGGAGCAGAACCACGAGCUUCUGGCAACAAUAGAUGCGUGGGACAACGGCAAGCCGUAUAGCGUAGCUUACAACGAUGAUCUCCCCGAAGCAUUCAACACCAUCCGCUACUACGGAGGAUGGGCAGACAAGAUCUCCGGUCAGACAAUAGGCACAACGCCACAGAAGUUCGCCUACACCGUACGACAACCUAUUGGCGUUGUUGCGCAAAUCAUUCCCUGGAACUACCCUCUCUCGAUGGCCUGCUGGAAGCUCGGCCCUGCCCUGGCUUGCGGCAAUACCAUUGUGCUGAAGCCAGCGGAGCAGACACCUCUGUCGAUUCUCGUAUUCGCGAAGCUCAUUAAGGAGGCCGGCUUUCCUCCUGGUGUUGUCAACAUUGUCAACGGUCUCGGACGUGAGGCUGGUUCUGCGCUGGUCCAGCAUCCGCUGGUCGAUAAGGUCGCGUUUACAGGUUCCACAGCUACGGCGACACAGAUCAUGAAGAUGGCUGCAGUUGGGUUGAAGAACAUCACGCUUGAGACGGGAGGAAAGUCACCACUGCUUGUUUUCGAUGAUGCCGAUAUGGAGCAGGCAGUCAAGUGGUCACACUUCGGCAUCAUGUCGAACCAGGGUCAGAUCUGCACAGCGACAUCUCGCAUUCUGGUCCAGGAGUCCAUCUUCGACACUUUCGUUGAGAAGUUCCGCAAGCAAAUCUCAGAGGUCUCGGUCAUUGGCGACCAGUGGAGCGAGGACACUUUCCAGGGUCCCCAGGUCACCAAGCAGCAGUAUGAGCGCAUCUUGUCAUACGUCGACAUCGGCAAGGAGGAAGGUGCCAAGCUUGUCGAGGGUGGAGAGGCCCGCAGCGGCGGCGGAUACUACAUCAAGCCCACAGUCUUCACCGGCGUAUCGUCCAACAUGCGGAUCUACCGCGAAGAGGUGUUUGGGCCUUUCGUCGUCAUUGCUACUUUCAAGAGCGAAGAUGAGGCUAUUGAAAUGGCGAACGACACAAUCUACGGUCUCGGUGCUGCUGUCUUCACUAAGGAUCUAGAGAGGGCGCACAGGGUAGCGUCAGAAAUUGACUCGGGUAUGGUCUGGGUGAACAGCAGUCAGGACUGCGACUACAGAGUGCCGUUCGGUGGUGUGAAGCAGUCAGGUAUUGGACGGGAGCUGGGUGAAGCGGGUCUGGAGGCGUAUUCUCAGGUUAAGGCGGUACACAUCAACAUGGGCAACAAGCUAUAGGGAUGCUCGU